CCUAUUGUUGAGCUGACGGUUGGCCGGCUCCGGGGAACGACGGAACAGUGUGAAUAUGACUGUUCGUUCCAUUCCUUCAAAGGCAUCCCGUACGCUGAGGCAGAGCGGUUCAGUGAUCCGGAACCACAUCCUGGCUGGACGGGCGAGCGGGACGCUAGUGUACAUGGGGCCACCUGCCCUACGGCGAACAUGAUUCCAACCGAGAGCGAGGACUGUCUGUUCCUCAACGUGUACACUCCGCUCACUACUGGCGGUAAUCGAGCGGUCAUAGUAUUCAUCCAUGGCGGUGGCUACAAUAGCGGAUUUGGAGACGACGAUCUCUACGGCAGUCAGUACUUCAUGACGGAGGACGUGGUGGUCGUUACCUUCAAUUAUCGCCUGGGAGUGCUGGGAUUUUUCAGUACCGGCGAUCGGGCCGCGGCCGGCAACUGGGCUCUCAAGGACUGCAUCGUGGCGUUGCGCUGGGUGCAGGAUCACAUCGCGGCAUUCGGUGGCGAUGCGAGCAACGUUACGAUCUACGGUGAAUCUGCCGGCGCUGCUAUCAUCCAUCUACUCCUCAUAUCGCCACUGACGGGUGGAUUGUUCCACCGCGCGAUCGCCAGCAGCGGAUCGCCCUUCAACUCGUGGGCCUUCCAACCGAAUCCACUCUUUUACGCAAACCGUUUGGCGGAAACACUGGACCUGGAGACCACCGAUACGACUGAUAUGGUGGCUGCUCUCCGGCUGGUUCCGUACCGGGCGUUGAUCGAGCAGCAGGAAGAUAUCUCAUCGACCGCACAUCUACUGGGGACUGUCGAUUUUGGUCCGGUUGUCGAGCCGCCAGACGCUCCCGGAUCGAUUGUCCUGCCACGGACGCCGAUGGAACUCGUCAAGGACGGUGCGUACCAGGCGGUUCCUCUGUUGACAGGGUUCAACAACUUGGAGUCGGUACUGUAUAUAGCGCUGGCAAACUUCAUUCCCAACCUGUUCGACUCGUUCAACGCUCAUCCACAUUAUUUGGUGCCGAGGGCAUGGAAUAUCUCGGAAGGUAGUCCCGCUGCUAAUGCCAUUAGUAACGCGUUCGCUCAGUUCUACUGGCAAGGCCAGACGCUGGGACCGGAGUUGUUGGAAGAAUUCUCCUGGUACUUGACCGACUUAAUGUUCGCGAUCGGUGUGGUGGAGAUGGCGGAACUGCAAUCAACUCGUGCUCCGGUCUAUGUCUAUCACUUCACCUAUGACGGUGACCUGAACCUAUUCAAACAGCAAUUGGGCGUCUCCAUACCGGGUGCGGUACACGCGGACGAAGUUUUCUACUUGUUCGACGCGAAGUCACUCGUAAGCGGCCCACUUGCUGCCACUAGUCAUGCGCGCACGGUCCGCCAGCGGAUGCUCCGACUUUGGACUAACUUUGCCAAGUAUGGAAACCCAACCCCGGUAGUGGAUGCCGUGCUGCAGGACAUUUUGUGGCCCGAGCUUGAUGGCGGCACGAUCAACGUUGUGCUAAACAUUGACCACGAUCUGAUGCUCGGACCGAAUCCUAUCGCUUUCCGCUACGACCUGUGGCAGACUUUGGAGCAUCGGUACGCGAAUAGAAACACACGCCACUAA